AUGAUUAUUUUACUAAUAUUGUUGGCUAUGCUACACACCGGAAGAGCAGCCAUCGCAGGAUAUGAAGAAGUGGAACAAAAUUUAAUUACAAAAUUAGGUUUAACUCGAAGACCUGUAGUAGAUAAAAAUAUGAAGAUACCAUCUGCCACAAUGGAUCUGUACAAAUCAAUGUUAGAAGAAAACAAUGCAAUGAAAACUCAUUUUCCUCUUCCUGGUUUGCACGCGUCGUCUGCUAAUACUGCUAGGACCUAUACCAACAAAGGAUCAGCCCCAAACAGUGCUAAGUCUAAAAGAUAUAGGCUACAGUUUGAUAUAGAUUCUAUACCGGAAGGGGACCAGAUUAAAGCUGCCGAAGUUCGUUUUACAAUGAUACACGAUACAAUGCUACACAAUGAAGAAAUUAUUCAUGUGAUUGUACAUGAUAUAGUCCAACCUGGGGUGAAGGGCAUAACAAAACCUAUUCUCAGAAUUAUCGAUUCGAAAUCAAUCAACAUGUCAAAAGUUUCAAAAUCAGAAGUUAUCAGUUUUGACGUAACACCAGCUAUAGAAAGACUGUCAGAGAACAAUUUCAAGGAUAACCAUGGCAUGAUAGUACAAUGUGUCACGGAGUCUGGUAGUCAAACACAUUUACUCAGCGUGUUUGACUUUUUAUCACCCGAAAAGACAUUGCUAUUGGUCUACACCGAUGACGGAACAAGUGAGAAGAGCACGCUGGAAGGGAUGAUGCAGCGUAGCAAACGGUCGGCCGACGAACCGGGAGGGCCACAGAAGAAAACGAAAAAGAAGAAAAUCUGCCAGCGGUAUUCGAUGUACGUGGACUUCAAGGAUGUCGGGUUCAGCGAUUGGAUCCAGGCGCCGCCAGGUUACGACGCUUACUACUGUCACGGGGAGUGUACGUUCCCGUUGGCCAAUCACAUUAACGCGUCCAACCACGCUGUCAUGCAGACGCUGAUGAACUCGUACAACCCGACGGUAGUUCCGCGGGCGUGCUGCGUACCGACAAAGCUCAGUUCGCAGACGCUGCUAUACGUGGACGAUGACGGGAAGUUGGUGGUGAAGAACUACCCGGAAAUGACCGUGGAUGAAUGCGGAUGUAGAUGAAGGCUGUGGUUUAGCGGCAGUUAUUUCAACGUCAUACCGCGCCUGCAGUAGCUGUGUUAUAAUGCCUGAGUGUGUACAUAUAAUAUAACAUAAAACUUUGUCGUCUCACUUUAUUACCCGGGAAAUGGUCGAUAUACAUAUUAUGUAAUGCCUCUACAUAAUAUACCUAUGUACAGUGUAUGCGUGCGUGUUUUCUGCCUCAGAGUCAAAAGCGUUUAGCGCGAAUCUAUAAAAUAAAACCUAUUUAUCCAGCUCUAGUUCUACCGACAUUGAUAUAAAUAAAUAUGUACACCUAUUACAGUUUAAACACGCACAUAUAAAAUAUUUUUUUACCAAUAAUGUGUAAAUAAUAAUGUACCUGCAUAAAGAAUAAGUUUAUAAGUGUAAGUACCUGCAAAUGGACCGAAUUGUAAAAAAAUAAUUAUAAGUCUAGUCCAAAACCAAUACAAUAUUCAGUUUUAAUGUUUAAUAACCAUGACGAUUGUGUAUUAGAUAAAUGUUUGUACACAAAACCCUAACACAAAUUGUUGUUACUAUUAUUGCUAUUCCUUCUAUUUAAAUUAUUUAUUUAUAUUUUGUUUUCGUUGUUGUUUUAUUAAAUGG